AUGGUAAACGAAACUAAAUUUUGGAAUGAAAUUCGAAAAGAUAUACCACAGUAUAAAAAAGGAAAACCCAGAGUUGUUCCUGCUUUUACCAUUCAAGCUUUACAGGAAAACACUGUAGUUGAAAAACCUCCUCGAUAUGAAUUAUACAAACCUCAACCACCUAAACCAUCAACAUUUCGGAAAUUUUAUGAAUGGGGUGUAUUUCCAGUUGCAUUAGAAAAGGAUAAGUAUGGCACAAAACUUAGUUGGAAAGUUAAAAUUGAAGAUUUAGAUUUUCACCAUUAUUUGCCGCUAUUUUUUGAUGGCUUAACAGAAACUGAACAACCAAUUAAGUUUAUAGUAGAACAAGGAAUAUCUGAUAUGUUAGAACACGGUGGACCUAAAAUUUUACCUGUUGUGCCACAAUUAAUAAUUCCUAUUAAAAAAGCUUUAAAUACAAAAAUGCCAGAAAUCAUAUGUACAACACUGAAAGUUCUUCAAAAUCUUGUACGCUCAGCAGAUUGUGUUGGAGAAGCUCUAGUACCAUAUUUUAGACAAAUCUUACCAGUUCUUAAUUUAUUAAAAGAUAAAAAUGUAAACCUUGGAGAAGGUAUUGACUACUCACAGCAAAAAGGUGAAAAUGUUGCAGAUAUAAUUCAAGAAACUCUUGAGUUACUUGAAAUAUAUGGAGGUGAAGAUGCUUUUAUAAAUAUUAAAUAUAUGGUUCCUACUUAUGAAUCUUGUAUGAUGAAUUAAGUGCUGUGUAUUUAUUGUUCAUUAAUU